GAAGAGCGCGAAGAAAAUGACGCUGGCUGUAUUUCAUUUCCCCCAUGCCAUUUUGACACGUGUCAGAAAUCCUAGGUCACUGCAUGCCUAAGUUCGAAGUAUCCUUCUUUGGAGAACAUGUUAGGCUGGCGCAAAAGCGUACCUUUGCGACGGGUGUAGGAGAUUUUAUCAUUUAAAGAAUCCAUGCUGCAUUUAGAAGACAACUCGGAAGAGUCUAUUUCGUUCUUCAGUUUACUUCAGUGAAGAAGAGAGGGUUUUGAGUUUGCGCAAUGGCGGAAUCGUCUUCGUCGUGCGAGUCUUCGGAUUAUUCGGCCGAUUUCUCGACCCUCCCGGUAAUGGCUUUGAGGAAGAAGAUCGUGGAGAAGAUUAUGGAGAAUCGCGUCACUCUCAUCGUCGGCGAAACUGGCUGCGGGAAGAGCUCACAAGUUCCACAGUUUCUUCUGGAAGAAAACAUGGCACCCAUAUUGUGCACACAACCUAGGAGAUUUGCUGUUGUUGCUGUUGCCAGAAUGGUUGCAAAAGCUCGUAAUUCUGAAGUGGGAGGUGAGGUUGGAUAUCACAUUGGCCAUUCAAAGCUCUUGUCAGAAAGAUCAAAAAUAGUUUUUAAAACUGCUGGAGUUUUGUUGGAUGAAAUGCGAGAAAAGGGGUCAAAAGCACUUGAAUACAAAGUUAUAAUUCUUGAUGAAGUGCAUGAAAGAUCGGUGGAGUCGGAUCUUGUUCUUGUAUGUGUGAAGCAGUUUAUGCUGAGGGAUUAUGAUUUGAGGGUGGUUUUGAUGUCUGCCACUGCUGAUAUCGCAAGAUACAGGGAUUAUUUUAAGGAUCUUGGUAGGGGUGAAAGAGUAGAGGUGCUUGCGAUUCCUAAUUCGAGUCAAAAAACCUUUUUUCAGCGAAAAGUUUCAUAUCUUGAGCAGGUAACCGAACUUCUGGGAAUAAAUUCAGAAUUGUCUACAAGAUAUUUGUCUGGGCCAAGCCCUUCCAUGGACAAUGCUGAUAUCAAGCCUGAAGUGCACAAGCUUAUUCAUGAUUUGGUAUUGAAAAUCCACAAGAAUGAGCUGGACAUUGAAAAAAGUAUUUUGGUUUUUCUUCCUACAUACCAAUCACUGGAACAGCAAUGGUACCUUUUGAAGCCCCUCAGUUCAUGUUUCAAAAUUCAUAUAUUACAUCGCAGCAUCGAUACUGAACAAGCUCUUAUGGCUAUGAAAAUCUGGAAGUCCCAUCGUAAGGUAAUAUUAGCCACAAAUAUUGCGGAAUCAUCUGUGACGAUUCCCAAAGUAGCAUAUGUCAUUGAUUCAUGCCGAUCUUUACAAGUUUUUUGGGACAGUAAUCGGAAAAAGGAAGCUUCAGAGCUUACCUGGGUCUCCAAGUCUCAGGCUGAGCAGCGUAGAGGAAGAACUGGUCGGACCUGUGAUGGGCAGGUUUUUCGAUUAGUCACAGGAUCUUUUUUCAAUAAGCUGCAGGAUUAUGAGCCUCCAGCUAUACUGAGGUUAUCGUUGAGGCAGCAAGUGCUUCUGAUCUGCUGUGCUGAACCUAGAGCUAUUAAUGACCCUAAAGUCCUGUUGCAGAAGGCUCUUGAUCCUCCAGAUCCAGUAGUUGUUGAAGAUGCGCUGAGAUUCCUUGUUCGCAUCAAUGCACUGGAGAAAACAUUGCCUAGGGGCCGGUAUGAGCCUUCAUUUUAUGGACGAUUGCUUGCCAGUUUCUCAUUGUCUUUUGAUGCUUCAGUGCUUAUACUCAAGUUUGGGGACAUUGGAAUGCUACGUGAAGGAAUUUUGCUUGGUAUAUUGAUGGACAUACAGCCUCUACCCAUUCUCCAUCCUUUUGGGAAGGAAAAUUUGUCUGCACAGUAUACUGACUGCUACUUCCAUGGAGAUAGUGACAAGUCUGUCCUAACUGGUAAAAGGGAGGUGGCAUUCAUUGCAAACCUAAGUGCAUUUCAGUUUUGGCAGCGUGUUUUCAAGGAUAAGCACCGUCUUGAGAGGUUGAAAAAAAUUCUGAAGCUUGAUGAGAUGGACACAACUCAAAAGCAGCUGCCUCUGGCCAAGAUUGAAGAAGAAUGGUGCACUUUCCACAUGCUUGUGCAAUCAUCACUGAAUCAUGUCUCUGAAAUUUAUGAAGAUGUGCUGAAUUCAGUGCACCGGUUUCGGCCCAAAUUUUUGGUUAAAUCUGAUGGCCCACCAUCUUACUAUGAACCUUAUGAAUUUGAACACACUUGCCUUAUCACGCAACUCCCAGAUGGAGAUACAGAUGAUGAUCAAUUUGAGCCACCAAGUGAAGCAAGGAAAUGCUUGGCUGUGCCAUUUGUUAGUCCCAAUCAGUUUCAGAAUGAUAUUAUAGCUGAAAAAAUGGCCCUUGUUAUCAAAGAGAUUAGAGUUCAAUAUACAGAAAAAAAUUCUAGCAAUCAGCAUAAAGUUGUUAAUGAUGGGAAAGCUUCUCCAUGUAGAUUUUUUGUCAAUGGAUCAUGCAAUAGGGGUAACAAAUGCCCCUUUUCUCAUUCACUUCCAGUCAACGAAGUGAAAGGACCAACAUGCAAAUUCUUCUUUUCUUUGCAGGGUUGUCGAAAUGGAGAUUCAUGUUUCUUUUCUCAUGAUUUGGAUCCAUCAGUUUCAGAAUUUAGUGGAUCAGGUGAAUGUCUUCCAGAAGAUGGUGAUGCAGAUGCUGUAUUGCUUCUUCAAUUCUUCCCCAAUGCUUUAGGAGGACGUGUUCUUGUAUUGGAUGAUACUGAUUUGCACUUUACCAUAAAUCUUGCUCACAAAUUUAAUCCUUUCAAGAUCAUUUCCACAACAUGUUUGCCAAACAUUUCCAUAUGUGACCCAUCACUCACAGCUGUUAAAAUAUUGUGGGGGCUGCGUGAACCAUACAAGGCAAUCAUCUCUACGGAAGGGGAAAAUCCAAUCCCAUGGAAUGAAGUUGAAUGCAUUUUAUGGUUUCCUAAUUUUGAAAGCUAUGGUGGAAAUUUGGAAGGACAGAAAAAUCUUAUCCAGAAAUUUUUUGAGUGUCUGGCUGUCCGGAUAUUGGCAGACGCCAUGUAUCAAGUGCAGGUCAUUCUUACCAUGAAGAACAUCAGAUUUUCACAAUUGCAGGUGGAAAAAUUGGGUAGAGAUUGCUUCUUCUUCCUGAAGUGUUCGUUCCCAUUUGAUGAAUCAAGCUUUGGGGAGUUGACAGACAAAGUUACGACCAAGAAGCCGAUGUUAGUAUCAAGGGCCACCUCUUAUGUUUUCAACCUGCAACCCCCUACAGACAUUCUAUUUGGCGAUUAUGCUACUGCAUUUAACAAGCGCUUACAUGGUACCAAGUAGGAUAUUUUCUGCUGAUGUGUGCAUAGGAUCAUUGCUUAGAUAUCAUUGGCUGUAAAACGAUUAGAAGGAUUCUUUCAUCUGAGCAGUAAGGGUUUUUAAUAUUGGCGCUCUUCAGAAACUAAUAUUCGCAGACGUUUCAUUUUGGUGCUUUUUAAAGGCCUCCUGAAACUGAUAAGGCAGAGGAAAAUGCUAUACUGGUUUGUAAAUAUUAUGCUGCUUUUGCAGGAAAAGGAUGCUGCAAACAGUGAGAGAUGCUUCCCUUAUUAAAUCUUCAGUGAAUGGGAAAAUAUUGCCUGAUGAGUGGAUUUUGUUGAACCUAACAAUGGAAGCAUUUAGGCUGAUAAUGAUAGGUAAUGUUAAUUGGACUCUUCA